AUGAAAAACCAUAAUGCACGACCUGCUGGGUCUGCCCCCGCGCCUGAAGCACAUCAUAUUGCCCAGGGAAGCAAUUCUAGAAGGGGUCGAGGAAAGGGUCGUGGUAGAGGUCACGGUCGAAACAAUCGAAGUGGUAAAGGCAAAGGCAACAAUGACUCCCGGGCCCAAGAUAAGAAACAAAGUGAUCAAGGUUCAUCAAGGUCACAAACAUGUUAUCGGUGUGGAUGUACGGGACACUGGUCUCGUACAUGUCAUACACCAAAUCAUCUGGUUGAAGCUUACAAAAUGACGCAAAAGAAAAAUGAUAAGCAACCGUCAAGAAAGGAAUCUCAUCACACCAACACUGAUUUGCUUGAAGCAAAUGCAGUGAUGAAUGAUGAUGAUGAUCUUUUAAAAUAUGAGCUUGAAGACUUUGGUGAUCAAGAAUGA